AUGACUCAGGAGGCGCAGGAGCAUACAGUACACGAACUUCAUACACCCGGAACAUCUUCAGCUUUGGCAAAUCAGGUAGAGCAAAGCACACGGAAACGGUUGAUGAUGGCUCGUGAAAAGCAGGAGAAUACGGCACAAGCACCCCAUGCGUCUGGCACAACUCUAAACCUAGCAGACAAUGGGGAGCAAGACACACCAAAACAACCCCAGCAAGGAUUACCUCAAUCGCCAACACUGGUCAGAGUUCCACAAGACCGGGCUUUGCAAGAUUACCACAUGCAAUGGAUGCUGCUCGAGAACCAGAACAAGAAGCGAUUGAUGCUGUUUCGCGAAGAGCAUGAGAAAGCGGCGCAAGCACCUCAUGCGCCUGGCACAUCCUCAGACCCAGCAGAUCAGAUAGAGCUCCCACGGGCCACCGAUGCAACCCAGCACCACGCAGAGCUCGGUUUUGGAAGAUUACCAGAUGCAAAAGAUGCUGCUCCAGCAACACCAUAA